CUGAUUGGCUACUAACUUAAGCUGUGAAAUGCUAACGUUAGCCUGGCUAUGAUGCUAAUUAUUGCUUUGGACUAGAUAAACCGGCUAAGAUCUAGUGUGUUCUAUCCGUCGUCUGAAGACACGGUACCCGAUCUGAAGAACGGCUCUGAAUAACAGUUCUUUAGUAAUAUCUUUUCAAAAUCCUUUUAAGCGAAAGUCGCAUUUCUUAGACGUCAAAACAUCCAACAGCUGAUCACCAGUCGUCAACCCUGCGCCACGAGUUGACAACACACACAGCACGAGUUUCACCUUGUUGGAAACGGAGUUGUGCACGAAUACAGACAGCCCUCGGCCUCAACAUCGACUUGAGAUGCCAAAAUACUGUUCUGUCCCAAACUGUAAGAAUGACUCCGGAAAUGGCAGCGACAAGAAGAGUUUUUACAAGUUUCCUCUACGGGACCCUGUCCGGCUGCAGCAGUGGCUGAGCAACAUGCGGCGGGGCAGCUGGACCCCCUCUCGGCACCAGUAUAUCUGCCACGAGCAUUUCGCACCGUCGUGCUUCAAGGUGCGAUGGGGGAUCCGUUACCUUGAGAGCGACGCUGUGCCAACGGUCUUCCCGGAGGUUGAGAAACGGAAAGCCGUGGAUCCCAGUGAGCCGGCGCCGAAGCGGCCCCGCGCACACCACAACCAAAGCGUGGCGCUGACACCGGCUGUGGACGCCGCGGAGAGAGAAGGUGAAACGCCGCAUGGCGUACACCUGUACGAGAUCACCGUUGACCCUUUGCCCCAGUGGGAAAGCAGCAGCAGCAGCAGCCGGUCGGCAGCGAGCGAGGCCGCCGAGUCGAACCGGCCUUUCCAGGCCGACCCGGAGUCCGGGACCGGGUUCAAGCCGGUGCAGAGUUUCCCUUUGACUCUGUUACAGACAGGACGCAACCUGACGAACGGCGGGGAGGUGGUCGUGAUGUCCGAACACCCCUUUGGUGAGGGGCCGGGUGAGCUUGCCGCCAUCUUGACUCUCUCGGAGGAGCCCUCGGAAGGAACCCAAGUCCUCGCCUACUUGGAGACCAUGCCGAGCGUUUUCCACAGUGAGCCCGCCGUCCGCCCCGACACGGUGCUGGCGUCCGCGCUGAGCUCCGAGCCCAUCACGUCCACGCUGCCCAUAGUGUCUAAGCACAUAACGGCCUCUGCCGCGUCCCUGGCCCUCGCAGAAGAAGGACCGGACACGGGAGAGGAGGACAACGACGUCACAUCGGAGGAGGAGGAGGAGGAGGAGGAGGAGGAAGAAGAGGAGGAAGAUGCUGGCGCAGAGCGGCCAGAUGGCCAGCUGGAGGAACACUGCUACCACAAAAGCAGCCUGACCAAAGAGCAGCUGGAGGCGAUCGUGGGCCAACUGCAGAAGAAGGUGAAGGUGCUGCAGCAGCGCCACCGCCGCCACCUGGAGAAGCUCCUGGGCCUGGAGAACACGGUGAGCCAGCUGAGGCAGAACAACCUGCUGAACGAGGAGCGCCUGCAGCUUCUGGAGAGGGCUUACAUUCAGACCGGCUCAGCGGGGUCGGGUGUCGGAGAGACCGUGACCAUCAUCUACGAGGACGACGACGACGCAGCGUACUUGUUCACGCCGCAGGUCGCCGCGGACCAGAAGCUGUGAUACAGAGAGUCUGUGACAGGCCCAACAAAUACGCUACUCGAUUAUUAUUAUUUUUGUCAUCUAACAAAUUUGAUGAAAUCUGGAAGCAUGUUGUCAAAUCUGCUGUGAGCUUUGCACAAAUAUGUAUGGGACAGCACCCCCCCCCCCCCUUUUGUCCAACCACCAUUUGUCAGAAAUGACGUUGUUCUGUUUGUGAUGAUAAACGUAUCAAAUUCAAAACAAUUUUCAUUGUUUGGAUUUUUAUUCUACAGUUCAUGCACCUUUAGCUUUUCAAACAUUACACAACCAUCUCCUCCAAGUUCAAGCACCUCUUUAUAGUGUGUCACUACAUGGGGAUUCAACAGUGUAUGUUUCUACAGAUUAAAGGAGCCAUUGUAUGCCCAUUUUACCACAAGUUGAUAUGGU